AUGACAACCUCCCAUGGACUUAGCACUCACGACUCUACAGAUCAACUAGUAUUCUCAGUGUUUGGAUUUUAACUCGAUUUUCGGUUGAUAAAAAUGGAUGUGUCUAACGAUUUGAGAGGAGCAGAGGAGGACAUGAGCUCCAAUUUAAAUUCCUCCGAUUUCUGUGCUUCGUGUGUCACUGCCCUGGCGGAAUCCUUUAGACCGCACAUCAAUCACCCCAUAGUUGGGCUGGAUGGACUCCUCCAGGGUCUGACUCAGAUGAAGAAACUAGACCUUAUGACCUUUCCAACCAUGGAUGUCGAUGUCCCAACGAAGAUGGACAAGUCGCUGCUGAAACUGCUAAAUGGUUGUAGUCUUGGGAUCAUAGAUGCAACCAUUGAAAAUCCGUACAUAAUGCCAGAUGUGGAAGUAUCGUGGAUUCGCCCAAGAUGUGAAAAUGUUCAGGAAACUAGUCACGGAAGAAUCUUCGAUGGACUUCUUGGAACUAGAUUGGGGGCCUCUUGCUCGCCAUUCGCUGCGUCUCUUAAUACAAAGAUCUCGUUUUCGUCCAGAGUUUUCAUAUUUAUAAAACAGUUUUCAAAUGUGAGAAAAUGCUGCAUAGCCGAAUCCAAUCAAGAGAUUCCGGCCAUCAUGAAUGGAGCGGAAGAUAUCUUCAGCAAAAUGGUAGAGAUCGAUUCUCCAGCUGAGAACCAGAAUAAUUCUCUAAAAUUUAAAGUUUUCUUGGAAAUUUUAUUCGCUGGAAAUUUCCUGAGACUUGAGCAGGACAUUGCAGAUCCAACGGAUAUUCAGGCCGCAGGUCGCCGACUUUUGAACAAGCCCGUCGUUCAGCUUUGGCUUUUCAAAGAUAUGACUGCAUGGAAACAAAAGGACUGGCCACACAUCGAGAUAUGGAAGAAGCAAGGUAUGCCAAUAUACUACAUUCUCCUUUGCGACAAGAUAACGAACGAACUGAUCGUUCAGAUGCGACUAGCUGGAGAUUGGCAAAUCGCCUCCACCGCCAGCAGUAAAAGCUGGACACAUUUCAAUUAUGCGGUCUAUCCGGGGGGUAUUCUCGAGCGACUGGGCUGCACUUUCUCCAACGCGCGCACUGCCCAAGAGCUCGUAGAUGUGACUCAGACUUGUGUGGCCAAGGGUCGCUGGUGAUGAUAGAUAGAUGAUAAUGUUUAGUUAGUUAAAAUUGGCGUUUAUUUUUGUGGAGUUCAGUUUAGGCUUCAUUAUCCAAAUACUAAAUCAAAAUUUGAAUUGAUUUCUGAUAUUAUGCAUAGGGUGAUUAAAUUUGUUGUCAAGUCUCCAAAGGAUAUUUUCUCUUGCAUUACUACUGAUUAUCCCGAUUAUCCUCCCCCGUGGCUGUUGGCAACCGAUUGUCGCUUGGCGUUGUUACAACAACUUCAUCGAUCCAACAAACCAACAAGCCACCAGGCACCAGCCACCAGCCACUCGGCGGUGGCCAGCACAAAUAUUAAGCGUCGAUUUCAUAGAGUCAGCCGCCAGAGUAGAUGACGCCAUGGAAUCCGACAAGUUGAACGAGCUUAACAGGCAAAUUAAUGAGAUCAAGAAGAGGAUUUUACUGGCCGAGGGCCAGAAGACGGCCAAUGCGGCCGAGUGGCAGAAGCAGAAUCGCAUCAACUGCGACACCAUCGGCACUCUGAAGAAGGACCUCAAGGAGCUGACGGUGAAGGCCAGUCGACUGCGAAAUCCCCUGCAGCGUCCCAUGGUCAUCAAGGAGUCUAGCAGUGAGCCGAGGCGAGCCCAGAGCUGCACACCCACACUGAUUGUAGGCAAGGCCAUGUACCCGGUGGGGGCAAAAAACGCCGACGAUGCCAUCUUUCUGACCGACCUCAAGAUCACCGAGAACCGCAAGCAGAUGGACCUCCUGCGGCAUCGUUUCAAGUCGCGCCAACAGCACUUCAGCAAGCUGGUGGAGAAGUAUCGCGAGCUGCUGGCCAACAAGGAGGCCCAGAACCAGAAUCUGGGCGAGAAGCCACCCGAAACACUGGAGGAGGAUGCCAAUCGCAAGCUCGUCUGCCAGCUGGAGAACGAGAUACAUCGCACCAAUGUGCAGUGGAUGGAGGCGGAGCACAUCCGCAAGAAGUACCGCUCCAUAGAGGCUUCUCUGAUGAACGAUGCGGAGCGCUUCGAGCGCAGUCUGCGGGAGUUGGAGGCCUCGCUGAGCGACCAGAAGGCGGAGAUCGAGCGGCUCCAGCAAGUGCACAACGAGGCCCUUGAGAUGCGGGACGCGGCCAAGGUGGUUCUUACGCGGCAGGAGCAGCAGGCCAAUCUUUCUCAGAAGACCCGUGAGCGCCAGGCCUUGGACUUCCGCAAGCAGGUGGAGGCGCGCAAGCUGGAGCUCGAGCGGAUCGGGCGCAAGCUGUUCGCCGAAACCAAGACUCUUGUGCACCAGGACAGUGUGGGCUCCACGUCCGGCGAUCCGCUUGCGGCCAAGACCGAGAACGGGGACGAGGAGCCAGCCUCCCAGCUGGAGAGUGUGACCAGCGACAUGGAGUCGCUGUUCAAGCAGCUCAUGGAGGCAUCUGGAGCCACAUCGCCCCUCGAGGUCUUCGAGCGGUUUAGCGCCCAGAAGGAGUCCGCCGCCCGCCUUAACUAUCUGCGCAAAGCGGCCGAGGCCGAGAAGGCCAAUCUGGAGUCGGAUCGGGAGGCUCUCACCAGCGAGCUGGAAGCCUCCAAGUUCUCGGACGUUAAGGAGAGCGAAGUGAACCAGGAGAUCAUCGAGCAGAUCAAGAAUAGUAUUGCCGCAAAAGAACAGGAUCGCAAGCUGGAUACCGACGCGGCCGACAAGUCCAUGGGGGUGCUGAAGUACCUCAAGGAGCGGAUCUGCGAGAUGAUCUUCAAGGUGCAGGAGGUGGACGAGAGCAACAUCGAGCUGCCCGGUCGCAGGCUCCACGUGAGCGUCGCAGAACUUCCCAACUUCCUCACCCACACCGCCCAGGAUGAAGAACUGAUUGAGAUACUAAAAUUGAAGAUCAAACGCUGCCAGGAGCUGAGCAAGUCGGAGGAUGUGCCGCCCUUCGAGAUGCCCAAGCUGGACAUUGGUGAGCAGGAAGAGGAGGAGGAGCUGUACACGACAGAGCCACCAAAGUCCCCAUCGGCACCCGAGGGCGAGAAGCCCCAGCCAAUGCCCCUUUGCUACUACAAUCUCUUUGCCGGUCGCGCCCAACGAGCCGCCGGCACGUCCUCUUCCUCACCGGAGCAGGCUCCCGCAGCGGUUGCCACCACUGACGACGACACCGAAGUGCCCUCCCGGAACUUCCUCAAGCGCCAGUCUGUGCUCAUCGUGGACUCGAAGUCCCGCCGGAAACCGUUUAGACCCACGCCAGGCGGAAGACGCAAGUAACUUAAGAAUACGAUUAAGAUUAAGAGUAAUAUAAGAGAAUCAUC